CAAGGUUAAGUGCCUAAAAAGCUCUACCCAAACAUACUGUUAUGUAGGUUUUGGGGCAUUGUCCCAUUUCUGAGCUCUGUCUCGUUGUCGUUUUCAAUUCAAACCCAGAAAUGGAAUGAACUGAGAAACCGUCACAAUCUCCGGCGACGGCGAAAGGGUCACCUCUCCCUCCGUUCUUCAGAUCAUAUCUACCUCAUUCUGUUAAUAUCUGUUUCGCUCGUUUUCUGUUUUUUGAACCGUCGAUCUCUCAAGGUAGAACUUGCCUGCCUUUUUCGACAUCGUUCAUGGCAGGAUGGUCGAUGUUAGCAAAUGGGUCUGCUUUAGAUUCCGUGGAAAAUAUCGGAGCUCAUCAGGGUAACGAUUUUCUUUGCGGGGAAGAAGGUGGUGGCUCCACCGUCGCCGCCGCCGUUGUUGGGAAUGGCUCUGAUGAUGGUGGUGAUGGUGUUGGUCAUGAGGUUAGACGCUUGUUUGAUAAGGUAUUAGCGGUUUUUCUUAAGGCAAUUAGUAAAAAAGGUGUCUUUAGGCCUGUUCCGGCUGUGGUUGAUUACAGUAAAGCGCCUGUGGAUUUACUCAAACUGUUUUGGCUUGUUAGAGACAAAGGGGGUUUUGACUCUGUCUCGGAGAAACGUUUGUGGGCUAUGGUUGCCAAGGAAUUGGGUUUGGGUGUCGGUGCUACUGCUGCUGUAAAAUUGGUUUAUUUCAAGUAUUUGAGUGAGUUAGAAAAAUGGCUUGGAGACAAGAGGUUUAAGGAUCAGACCUCGGAAAAUGGGAACUUUCGGUUGUUGUCUUUGGAGUUAGAGUCAGAGUUUAGAGAUUUGUUCUCAGACAGGUUUGACUGGGAGGGUAGUAAAGAUGGUAGACUAGAUAAAUUGAAAUUUGACUCCCAAAAUGGCGGUGACUGCAACGAGAGAAAGUUGUGUUUGUCAGAUACCAUACAAUGUAAAAGAGAUCACGACGAAAAAGUUGUUAUUGAAGAUGAAAAAGUUGUUAAUGAAGAUCAUAAAGAUGAUGAUCUAGAUCAUAAAGAUCAUAAAGAUGAUGAUCUAGAUCAUAAAGAUGAUGAUGAUCUUAUUUUGAACUUCAUUGUUAAUAUGAAAGAAAAGGCCUCCAAUAAGAGAAAGAGAGAAUCUUUGUCAGGACUGCUGAAUUGGCUGACUGAGAUGGCAAAGCACUCGGGUGAUCCUUCUAUCGGAAUUAUAGCAGGGCCAUCUAAGUUAAUGGAGCAUGGGGAGAAAGAGUUAUGGGUCCAGGCAAUGAGGGCAAGAGAAGUUUUGUUACAAAGAAGGCACCUUGAUUCCAACAAUGAAGAAUCUCUAUUGCAGAAGAAACUAAAGAUGCACCCCUCAAUGUAUGAGGAUAACAAAGCAGUCAAUCGCCCUUCUUCGGACAGGUCAAGAUGCAGCACAAGGGCUUCAAGUGUAGUGAAAUCUCGUAGUUGCCCUUGUUGCAGGCCAUGUUCAUCCAGUCCAACUAAAUUGAUAAGUCCUCAUAAAGUGGAGUUGGAAAGUGAACCUAAGGAGGAAGCAUCUGUAGUUGAUGAUUUACCAGUUUUGGUUAAAGAAGUUUACCCUUCAGAGGAUGAAUCCAUACAGAAACAAGUUUCUGUUGGACCCCUCUUUCAAGCUAAUAUUCCCGAAUGGACUGGUGUGGUUAUUGAGAGUGAUUCCAAAUGGUUAGGAACAAGGGUCUGGCCAUUGGAAUCUGGAGAAGUCUCCAUGGAAACUACUGAUACUAUUGGGAAGGGAAGACCAGAACUCUGUAACUGUCGUCUUCCAGGAUCUGUUGAAUGUGUAAGAUUUCACAUUGCGGAGGCAAGGAUGAAGCUUAAACGCGAGCUUGGUUUGGUGUUUUAUCGUUGGAAAUUUGAUCGUAUGGGUGAGGAAAUUUCUCUUCAGUGGACAACUGAAGAGGAAAAGAAAUUCAAGGAUAUAGUAAGGUCAGGUAUGCACUUUUGGGAGAAGAAAACCAGGUGGUUAAUCAGGAAGACAAGAGAACAGCGGGUGAGCUACUACUUCAACGUGUUCCUUGUCCAGAAGAGAAGUUAUCAGAAUCGUGUAACUCCAAUAAAGAUCGAUAGUGAUGAUGACGAAACUGAAUUUGGAACGAUAGGCGAUUGCUUUGGUAACAAUGCAGUUAAUGUUUCAGGGUCCAAGUUACUGCCAUGUAUCCUGAAUAGGCAAUGUACUGAUUUGGAUUAGAUAAAAUGCAGUGAGGAACAACUUUCUUUGUCAACUUCUUAUUAUGUUGAUGCAAAUUUUGAGGCUGUGUCCCUAGGUGUUUGAUGCAGGCCUGGUUUAUUUUCUUGUAGACCCCAGAUUAUAGAAUAUGUAGAAUGUGUUAUGGAGAAUUCACAUGAUGGGCGCUCAUCAAAAUUUGUUUGGCAUAAAAAUCUUAUUUUUAGAAAGCCAUACAAAUUGCUUAGAUUGAGCUGCACAAGUAAAUACACUGUCUGAUACCAAUUUUCAUUAUUACUUUGGACAUGA